AUGGAUUUAGCCCACACUCUAGAGUCCGCCCCUAGCGGCGAAGUCAUCAAAUGCAUUGACAUGCACACAACCGGAGAGCCCACCCGUAUCGUCUACGCGGGGUUUCCUCCCCUCAGCGGGACACUGCUCUCCCAGCGCGACCAAGCCCGGGAUCAAUAUGACCACCUCCGCAAGCGAAUUAUGAUCGAGCCUCGUGGCCACUACGACAUGUACGGUGCCAUUCUCCGACCAACCACUGAACUGGUCGAAUCCGGUGAAGCUCACAUCGGUGUUCUCUUCACCCACAACGGUGGCUUCUCCACCAUGUGUGGCCACGCAACCAUCGCACUGGGCCGAUUUCUUGUCGAUACGCAUGAUGUGGCUGUUUUUCCGAAGCGAAAUGAGUUGGUAGUAGACGCUGCGUCGCAAACAGUUGUUAACUUGCAUGCGCCAUGCGGAUUGGUUCGUAUCACCGUCCCGAUCAAGGACACGGCCGAUGGGAUCAAGUCCGAUCCGUCGCGGGCGGUCUCGUUCCUGUCCACACCAGGUUAUGCUGCUGCGACCAAUAUUACUAUCUCCAUUCCACCUGAGAUUCGAUGGACUGAGCUUGAAGGGCGUGAGAGCAUCACCCUUGAUGUCAGCUAUGGAGGGGCAUUCUACGCGUUGAUCAAUAUGCACGAGCUGGGAUACGCAUCCACGGGACUGAGAAAGGUCGAUCUUGAUUCACUAUCACAGGUGAUGAAAAGACUAAAAGCGUAUCUUGAAACCUAUCCCGAUAUUCUGUCCGCCUGUCAGCACCCUGAAGACAAGAGACUGUCGUACCUAUACUCCAUCAUGCUGGUGGACACGAAUGUCGGACACAGGCCAGACAGUGUAGCUGGAGCCGAGACCGGACUGUGCUUCUUCGCCGAAAAUCAGAUUGAUCGGUCACCGACAGGCUCAUGUGUCACGGCUCGCAUGGCGCUAGCGCAUGCGAAGGGAGAGAGAUCGGUUGGUCAGCGGUGGGCUUACAAUUCGAUUGUCUCCAAUCGCUUUCAGACGGGUGCGUUUGAGGCUGAGAUUGUAGAAACGGGAUUGCGGGUGGAGGGUGGAAAUGCCCCGGCCAAGGAUGCGGUGGUGGUGCGCGUGGAGGGGAGGGCAUACUACACGGGCACGUCGAAUUUUAUGGUCGAAGAGGGAGAUAUUACGAGUCAUAGUGGGUUUGUAAUGAGUGAUAUGGCAGUGUAG